UCGGCAGGAAUCAGUCAGUAAACCAUCCGCCGCGAGCGAUUGCGCGCGUUUGUUUCCUUUACAUCGUUGUUCCGUGAGCACCACACGCAAAGUUCUCGCUCGUUGUCGCGUCACUCGGUACGAUCGGGUACGCGCAAUUUCUGGCCUAGUCGCGCUUAACCCCCGGGGUGACGGCUUCUUUCGGUUGGCUUGAGGAGCAACCCCCGUCUUUGGUGGGUUGGUGCGAGCGCGGGUGCGUGUUUUGCGCACGCGUACACACAUUGUCACAGCAGCCGCCGUGGUCGAGUGUCGAGUGUAUUGUUGUUUCCAACGUUUCCUUCCGCUAGCUGUGCCCUGCGGAUUAUCCUUGCGGUUCUGAGAACGUGGUCCGUGCGAGUGUAUUGGUGCAAGGACCUAAGGACCGUGAGAAGGAUUUAAAUCAAGCUGUCGUAUGCUGAAGUUAAUUUCACGGUAAUUCCCUGUUCGCGGUUAAUCGAGAGUGGCCAACUAGAAUAAAUUCCCCAGUGUCCGCGGAUCCGUGGAGCUUUUGUUGUGGUUCGAGAAUCGUUGGAAAUUCCCGUUUCGGAGUGCACCUGAUCGUGUGUGCGUGUGUGUUUGUGUCGAAGAUCUUGCUGGCGGGACCCUCGUUCUGAGUAGAAGCCUCAUUCAGAAGAGGCAGAGUCGUGUGCAACAUAAGGCACAAGCUCAAGGUUUGGCUUGAAGUUGAAGAGCGAUAAAGUGUUAUUUUGCGAUCAAAGUAGGCAUAGCGUGCGUGGUGUCUCCUUAGUUGCGGUUUAUGCUUGAAAGCGAAGUGAGUGAGAUAUGGUGCGCGUUCUCUUACUACACUGGUGAUGUCAUAGCGUUUUCGUGCGGUUUGUGUGAUAAAUGCGGCAGGAAAUCGACUAGGAAAUGGUGUAACCAUCAACCCGGUGUGCAAAGUAGAAUUCCUAGAAAAUAAACGACAGCCAUCCGACAAGGACACCGAAAAACACCGGAGAGUUAGUGAGUGCGGAGAGAAGAUCUUAAAGUAAAAGUGAACCCUUCAGGAACAGUGCAAAGAUGACAAAAUUAUUGGAGGACGUUCGGCCAACGGAUGCAGGUGAUCCGGAUGCAGCUUGGACAAAGCUACUCGACGACACCAGUUCCACACACAAGCCGCCCAUCAUCAUUGGACCAGCUGCACCACAUCCAGAGAUUGCUCCGGACACCGUAAAAGAGCUGCUGGUGACGGUUGAUCCGGAAACUGGGAAAACCCAGCAAACGAUCGAUGGUGCGAUCGCCAGUGGUGAUCGAGUUGCUGCUGGCGGACGGCGGCGAGAAUCGAUCCUCGGAACAUUCCAUCGACAGUUGCGGAUGUCUUUAAAGGCGGUCAGUGAAACACCGGGACCACUCACAAGAUACCGGCAGACGCGAUACAGCUCGAGGAGGAUUCGGAAGCGAGUGAUCUUCAAGCAGGGCGACUGCAACGUCAUCCAAGGCAAUGUAGCAAAAAGGCGUCGUCGAUAUUUACAGGACAUCUUUACCACCCUGGUGGACAUUCAGUGGAGAUGGACUCUGUUCGUGUUCGCGUGUUCCUUCAUACUGAGCUGGCUAGGAUUCGGCGCCAUUUGGUACCUGAUCGCACUAAGCCAUGGAGACAUUCAAGCGGUCGGUGAUGAAAGCCACAAGCCCUGUGUGACGUACAUUUAUGGCUUCACAUCGGCGUUCCUGUUUUCUCUCGAGACUCAGCACACGAUAGGUUACGGUAACCGUUACAUUACCGAGGAAUGCCCGGAAGGCAUAUUUAUUCUAGCCCUGCAGAGCAUUACCGGUGUUUUCAUCCAAGCAUUUAUGGUCGGCAUCGUGUUUGCGAAGCUGUCCCGACCGAAGAAGCGUGCCCAGACGCUACUGUUUUCCAAGAAUGCUGUCAUCUGCCAUCGGGACGGUGUGCCGUGCCUGUUGUUCCGCGUGGGCGAUAUGCGCAAGAGUCACAUCAUUGAGGCGCAUGUGACGGCCCAGAUAAUUCGUCGGAAGGUCACCAAAGAAGGAGAAGUUCUUCCAUUUUACCAACAAAACAUGGAGGUCAGUUGUGAUGGGGGUGAUGACCGGUUAAUGUUCAUCUGGCCGACGAUUGUGGUGCACAAGAUCGAUCGCGACAGUCCGUUGUACGGGCUGUCGGCACAAGACAUGCUGAAGGAGCGGUUCGAGAUCGUUGUCAUGUUGGAGGGAGUCGUGGAAUCGACCGGUAUGACCACACAGGCACGCAGCAGCUAUCUGCCAUCGGAGAUCCUUUGGGGACAUCGGUUCGAGUCGGUAGUCACUUUCAAGCGAGAAACGGGAGAAUAUGAGGUCGAUUACACAACAUUCAACAACACAUACGAGGUGGACACUCCUCUGUGCAGUGCACACCAGCUGCACGAUGUGAAGAAAGAGUUAAGCAAACAAAAUGGUGUAGCAGAGGCGUCGUCCGAUACCGAUGAAUCCGACACAUCGUCGGUGGAUAACGUAUCGUCCCGCAAAAACUCGCUCAGCAACGGCUACCUACGCUUCACGCCCGUGUACGCCAACACAAACGAACAGUCGGGAAUGAACGUCACCAACGGAGUGGUUGGUGACCCGUUGGCCCUACCGCCGGCCAAUAUUGCGCCCGGUGCACCAACCACCACCUCACCCGGAAGCGAGCGCAAGAAGAACUUUCGGAAGUUGUCCAUCAAGGAGCCCUCGAUGGAUUCUCUCUGUUAGCAGCGUAGCAGAGCAAGAAACGUUUAGAUGGUGUUGUGCGCGAGUGUCACGGUGCCAUCCUCCUCCCUUGCCGCCUGCCUGCCUGCCCGUCCGGACGCCAGGUUGACGCAGAGACAGAUCCGAUCGUGACACGAAUGAAAGAUCAACCUAGGAGGCCGCGUUUGAAUAGCAUAGACAGGCGACGUAUCUACUGGUAGUACUACCCCGGGCCAGGAAUCUCAACACACUACCAGGAUCGGUGAUCGGUGCGAUCGGUAUCGUGUCCGGCUGUCCGGCUGCAUAUUAGAUUCUGUUCCAUUUAUCUUGCCCGCGUGCGCCGAUCGUUUAUUUUACCCUUGCAACUAUCUUCCAGUUUUUUGUUUGUUUAUUUGUUUAAGUAAAUCUAUUAUAGCGUUUCGGUGUGUAAGCGAAGAAAGAGUGUGUGCGUUGGAUGGGACCGAAACGGUGAGAAGGUGAAGCCCUCUGUCCAUAAUGGGCUUUGAUAGGUAGAUAGUGUAGAGCAAUUGAAGCGAUCCUGCGUUGAAGUAGUCGAGGGAAUCUCAAGCCCAAUGCGCGAUCGACGAGGGUGCUGUAGCUGAUAUCGAAUAAAGUCGUGAAGAGAGUCGAUCUUAUAGUGCAACAGUGAA